CCCAAGUAGGAUCAGACAGACAGCGUGAGGAAUCUGGCAAUAAAAACCCAUCUGCACAGAUCUCAGAAAAUCCAAAAUGAUUAGCUCGUUAAAACUCAGCCUCAUCUUGUUUCUGUCACUGUCCACGGUGCACAUGUUUUGGGCUUAUCCAAUUCUCUCUUCCAAGGUGCCUGGGAGACCUGAUUACUUUCUCAUCCUGCUGAGCAGCUGCCCAAGCAGGCUGGAGAGAAGCCACGGACUAACUUUCCUAAAGCCAGUUUUGGAGAAGACAUCAAUGAAAAGAUCCUUUCGCAAUGGAGUUGGCUCAGGGGUGAAAAAAACUUCAUUUCGAAGAGCAAAGCAAUGAAUAAGUGUGCAAAGGACUCUAGGAAUUAAUCUCAAGCUAUGUAGAGUGUGACUGAUGUGCUAAAAUCUGUUGUAUGCUACCCUGAGAUGUUGCUUCCCUCCUCAUCCUCAGAUGCCCUCUUCCCCUAACAGGCUCAGAGUAAAUUAAGUUUUGGGGGGGAAAUGCAAACCUGUCUCAAACUUCCACCUGUGAGUGAAAAAUGAUUUCUGUGCUUGGCUAGUUACUUCCCCAAAUGCGGAGGGACACACUGACUUUGAUCUUGAAUUGGCCACAAGGUUGUGGGCGUUUUUACUGUCAUAGUAGUGUGACUCUUCUCCUGUUGCCUUGCUGUGCUGUAACACCAAAUGCAGUGGUAGAUAUAUGCUAUUUCUCCUUUAAACACAAUUUUCUCAAAUGACUUAGCCAAGCCGAUUCUUCAGGGCUGUGCUGCUUCUGUUUGUAAAAGAGUCUCAUGAAAUUACAUCGUGAAGAUGAUGGUGCAGCUGAAUCCAUCUGUCAAUUAAGGGGUACCUGCAACAAGUGAUCAAUCCCCAGAGCCCUCUGGGUCUGUUUAUCCUCCUCCUUUUUCUGAUUCCAAAUAUACAUAAA